AAUGUCAAUCAUCAACCAUCUUCCCCGCUGCCAUCAACAUUCGCUACCCCUCAUGAAGCCUUUGAGGAAAUGCCAAAAUCCCAGGAAUCGCAUGUUCCUUUCGACCAUCGCUUCCCCAAGACUUCGUCUAAUACCGGCAUCCAGUCUCUUGACCCUCCAGCUGGCAUAAGAUUGCCUCCUGAAUUAAUGGCACAACUACACGAACCUAUACGAGCCCGCAAUCUUCCAAAGUCCCAGGAAUCGGAUUUGUUUCUCGACUUUUGCUCCCCCGAUACUUCGUCUAAUACCGGCAUCCAGUUUCUUGACCCCCCUUUUGAUUUAACAACACAACUCGAAUAUUUACGAACCUGUAAUGCUCUAAGGUCGUCAUCGUUGCUGUCAUCACAAAAGAUACAGUCAUCGCCAAAGAGUUCGGCUGAAGCGGCACACAAAGUGUUAGCGCCAUCUAAUGAUGAUCAUCGAUCGAGCCCACUAAGUAUACGCACCCGCAAGCAAUCCUUACCCCUUCCCCAGAACCAUGGUAUUCGAAAACCAUCUUCUUUACCCCCGCCGGUUACCCAUGCCAUGAAGGACCAGUUCAUGAAAGACCGGCUCACGAAGGAGGGACGUCAACCGACGGGAGAAGAGGAAAAGAACUCAGAUCUCUCGGAGCUUGAUGGGGAUGGUUCUCCCUGUCGCCUGGAACUUGGCGCUCAAGAUAAUUGUCAGAUUCACAUUUCCUUUUAAUAUCUUUUUCUUUCGAAUGCCUGGUGUCACGUGGAUAGAUCAGAUUAGGUUCGUGUCAGGUGGUCUGUGCUAAAUAGGUAGCUAUCCAGUCUGUGCUUUGGAGAUAUUGUCAAAGUCUGGUUACUCACGUGAUCUCCCUGAGACAAGAAUAACUUUUCCUAAGAGUUUCUGUUUGAAAUAAUAGAGUUAGGUCAUCAAUUGAAUGGUUCAUUCCCGACUGACAAUAAUCAAUCCGAAGGACAUUAUGUAUUAUGGGAAAUCGUUAAGGAUGUAUUACUAAGAAAUCGAUAUGCUUUUUGUCGCAA